AAUAAAUGAAGCUCGCCGUCCAUCGAGCAGGUCUCGCUGGAAAGCAACCCCUAAAAUUAGGGAAGUUGCGAAACACACGAGAAAAAUGGAGCGUUAUCGUUUUGAUUGAAUCAGCCUGCGAAAUGGCAUCGUCGAUUGGCGUCUGUGAAAUCAUCGCUGAUCCCAACCUAGACGUCUGUGAAACGAGCCGAAGUCAUCAUUGACGCACGAUACUGUUCGCUUUAAAUUGCAAACUGGUCCGCGACAUUUUCGAACAUGCCCGCGAAAGCGAAGAAAUCCUCGGCGAAGGACGCGAGUUCUGCAAGAGGUGGUGCCAAGGCUGCUCCGGCGAAGGAAGCAGCUGCUAAACGAAAGAAACCGUCGAUCAAGCGAGGACGAGGGCAGAAGGCGAAAACCAAGACAAGAACCGGCAAGUACACAUUGAAGUUGAAGGGAUGGCUGCAGACGCCAGCCGAUUGGGCACGUUUCAACGCUUGGGCGAAGGUCAACGCUUUACCGAGGAAGUACCCGGAACCGGAGCCCAUAGUACGGCCAUCGAAGCCCUUGUCCAAGCUGAGGAAGCGGAUGAAGUUGCUAUCAACACCAAGAACAGUGCCAGAUCCGAGUGUCCUGUGCCGAUUGGACUGGAGUAUUCCGAGGACCGCGUUGACGGUCGUUGCCUCGAGACGUCUGCUGCUUCUGGCUCUGCCACAAGUGAAGCUCUGCGAUUAUGGUCGCGUUUAUUACAAGGUCUCUCCUGCGGCGUUGAAGUACGAGCCGUCGGAAAGGCUGCUCGAGCUGAGCAAGCCUCACUGCAUCAAAGAGAAACGGAAACCCAAAGAGAGGACCUCCAAUUGCCUAGCGGGGUCCCUCGAUCAGGACAGGCUGAACGAGCUCUCCGAGUGCAAGAAGCUUCUGAAAAAUCCUGGCGUGCUGACUCCGGAGGAAUGGGCGAUGAUUUUCACGCCCUUCGGCGUCAACAGGAGGGCCCUGGUCUACAAGAUCACACCGUGGACGAUGUACCUGGCUCUGCCGAAGUACACGUUGAUCAGGCACAGAAAGGACCCGAAAGCCAGGGAGAUGAAGAAGCAGAUCGUCGAGGAAGGAGAGGAGAGGGGUAAGGAGGCUUUGGCCGAGCAGCAGAGGAAACGAGGUACGAAAAGAAAGCACGCGGAGACGACGGAACAGGGCGAAGGCGACGCCGAAGACGAGGAUGAGAAGAAAGAGAAAAAGAAGAGAGCCAAGAAGAGGAAGCUGGAGAAACACGCGUGGAGGUACGCGCCGUAUCCUUGCGACGACGACGCGUUCGCUGUCAAGAAAACGACGCUGACGGGGAAAGUGCCACCCGGCACUGACAAGCUGGCCGAGCCGCACGUGCACAAAAGCACGGCUUGCAGAAAGGAUCCGUACACCGUGAAGAAAGCGGCGUUAUCGGCCUCGGCCUCGGAACGGGUCGAAUCGCUGGCGAAACCUAGGAGUCCUAGGGAUCCCGUGGAGAAAAAGCCGCCUCGCGAGAAGGACGCCUACGGAAAACCGAUCUUCGAGAUGCCUCCGUACGGCAAAGUUUUGCCGAAAACGAAGCCGUACAAGAUGGGCGAGUGUCCGUCGGACGAGACGAAGAAAAAGAGGAAGAUCCGCAAGAAACGGCCGAUCGAUCCGAUCGCCUACAAGAGCACCUACGAUCCCCAGAUCGAUCCCGAGCUGGCGGAGAAACAGAAGCGGGAGAGGAAAAGAGCCGGGAAACUGCCGAAACGGAAGCAGAAGAGAGAAGACAGGGGAGAGAAGCGAGAAGCGGAGAAAGGACAGGAAAAGGAGGAAGAAGAAGAAAAGAAGAGAGAAGAAGAAAAGGAGAAAGAACCGGAGAAGCUGGAGGAACCGGAAGAAGAAUGAGACAAAUUCCCACGAAUGAUCUCGUUAAUUAGGACGAGCCCAGGGUCGUAAUUAACGAAACGAAACGAGCCCCGGCGACAACCGGACAAAUUUGAGCAACUCGACGCCGAGUCAGCGGUUACAUCUCAAUCCUUGUUUCUCUUAUGCAAUUAGAUUACAUAUCGCAUUCCGAUUUUAGCUGUCAGCAACGCGAUUAGUAUCCACGUAAAAACACGCUCUUAGCCACGAUCUCUGACUUUUCAUGCGGAUACGGUGCAAAACGUUGACGUUAUCGCUAUCGAACGAGAGCUUGUCGCUGCUUUAUCGAUGUAAACAGAACAAGGAAAAACUUGGCAUUCCCCGAUCGGAAAAAAACUUUUUC